UACAGUUAGCUGCUUUUGACUCUGAGAGCGACCCAUUAUUCUUAAGGUGGGAAAAUUAGUGGGUCGGUCUUAGCUGGGGGCUUGGUUUGGAGAUUUUGUUGACUUGGAAUGGUAGGGUGGUUUUGUUUGUAGAUGAUGGUUAGGGGUUUCCGGGUGUGAUUAGGUGGGUUUAGUUGUUGUUGAUCAGCUUUUGAAUGGGUUUGGGUUUAUUUUAUCUGUAUUAUUUUUUGCAUCAGCAUUCAAAGAAGAGAUUUUUGGACAUGUUAUUUGAUUGGGGCUUGAUUGGUCCUAUAAAUUAGCAUAUUAUGAUGAUUGGUUUGCUUGAGGUAGUUUAGGUAAAUUUUGAUCGGUUUGGAAAUUGCUGGUCUACUAUUUGUAUGGAUUAGUAUAAUUGACGAAGUGAUUUCUGCUGAACUACAUUUGGUCUUCAGUUUCUGGAUUUUGCAUAUUGGCUUCUUACAAGAUUUCAUCUAUGCUUUUAUUUCUUUUGUCGAAGACAUCAGAUUUUGACAUUUUAGUGGUUAUGGUUUUUCGGUCUAACAAAAAUUCUUGGAUUUUUUUUCUUAAUAUUUACUUUAGCAAUAUAGUGUCAAAGGUUAUACAAUUUUUUACUUUGAUCGUUUUCUCUGGUUAAAAUCUGGACGUGAAAAAUGCUAUUUCCAACUGACUUCUUAAAUUUUGCAAGAAGUUUCCAAUUCUGAGAUUCUGUAGUCUAAAAUCAUACCAUUAUAGUCUGGAGUUUCAUACUGCUUGGAAUGGCUCUCUCAUAUUGAGAAACGAUUUUUUUGACUCUUGCAUACCAGUGUUGCUAACUUGCUGUCCACUUUUGGCAUUGCCUAAUUAAUUUUUGUUCAGUAACUCCUUAGGUGACUUUUGAGUACUUGGUGUUACAGUUGUCUAAUCUGUGCAUGGAGAGAGUAUUAAAGAAGUUAUUGCCAAUUUUGCUGCUUACUCUUCCUCCACGUUGUUAACACAUCCGUUAAUCCUCCAUUUCAUUAGAAAUCCAUAACACUGAAUUUUGAAUCUUAUGGAAACCAUUCCGAACCUGGCCUAUUGCAGCAGUCAGGUUAUCAUGUAUUUUUGUAACUGUGAUGAGUUUGAAUCUUGUCAUAAGUGCUUCAAAGAGGACAUAUUGGGAGAAAAACCAUCCGAGAAUAAGCAGGAAGGCCCUGGCCCUCCUGUAUCUUCAGAAGAAUUAACAAAUCCAGAUGUAACCUCAGGAAUAAGUGAGAACUCUAAAACACUCCCUGUUGAGAAGGAGAGUGCUACCUUAAAACCUUCAAAGAGUGAAGAAGAACGUAGCGAGUCUAGUAAUUCACAAGAAAAACCCUUGAAGAAGCCUGACAAGAUACUUCCAUGCCCCCGCUGCAGUAGCAUGGACACCAAGUUCUGUUACUACAAUAAUUACAAUGUCAACCAACCUCGGCACUUCUGCAAGAACUGCCAGAGAUACUGGACAGCUGGUGGGACAAUGAGGAAUGUUCCUGUGGGUGCGGGUCGUCGCAAGAACAAGAAUUCUGCUUCUCACUACCGCCACAUAAAUGUCUCUGAAGCUCUCCAGAAUGCUCAAACUGAUCUUCCAAAUGGAGUCCUCCAUCCAUCAUUGAGACCUGACGGUACUGUCCUCACCUUUGGCUCAGACACACCCCUUUGUGAAUCAAUGGCUUCUGUGUUGAACCUUGCUGAUAAAACAAUGAGGAACUGCAAACAAAAUGGGUUUCAUAGACCUGAAGAGCUAAGGAUUCCGGUUUCUUAUGGUGGUGGAGAAAAUGGAGAGGAUCCUUCAAAUGGAGCUUCGGUCUCAACUUCAAACUCAACUGAUGAGCCUGGCAAAACUGGAUCGCAAGAGCAAGCAAUGAGGAUUUGUCAGGGGUUCCCACCUCAAAUUCCUUGCUUUCCUGGGGCUCCUUGGCCUUAUCCAUGGAACUCAGCUCAGUGGAGUUCCCCCAUACCGCCUCCUGCUUUCUGCCCGCCAGGCUUUCCUAUGCCGUUCUAUCCUGCUGCAGCUUAUUGGGGGUGUACUGUACCAGGCGCAUGGAGCAUGCCAUGGCUUCCUCAGCCAACAUCUUCAAACCCAAACUCUGGUCCAAACUCUCCAACCUUGGGGAAACACUCGAGAGAUGAGAAUGUUCUUAAAUCAAGCAACUCUGGGGAGGGGGAACCGCUAAAAGAAAACAAUACCGAGAGAUGCCUUUGGAUUCCGAAGACAUUGAGGAUUGAUGACCCAGGAGAAGCUGCAAAAAGCUCUAUAUGGGCGACACUGGGAAUUAAGAAUGAUAAGGCUGAUUCGAUUAGUGGAGGAAGACUCUUUAAGGCAUUCCAAUCAAAGAGUGACAAAAAGAAUAACAUAGCCGAAGCCUCACCAGUCUUACAAGCCAAUCCGGCAGCAUUAUCCAGGUCACUCAACUUCCACGAGAGCUCGUGAACAGGUAGCCUGCAAUUCUGUAAACAGUUUAUGGUGGUGCAGGCAGAGUGGUGUUGUUCAACCAGUGCAUUCAAAGUGCCAUUAAUUUUGUAUGUCAUGGGAUCAUUAUGAGUUCAGCGGCCACAUCCUAAGAAUCUAAAACCAGUCCAAAUUACGAAGAGCAGAGGAGGAUUAUAUAUCCUACCACAUCCACUUUAUGAGAAGAUAGCCACUUCAAUUUAGUCGUAGGAACUGUUUCAUGUUUUCUGUAAGAUGUUUUGCUGAGUUCAUGUACAUAUUUCUAGAUGAAAUAGUAAGCGAUAGAACAAAGUGAUGGUACCAAAAUCCCCAUAUGUGCUUAAAUAAAUUUGGGAAUUUGUUUC